UUAUUUUGACAGCUUGCGGCAUGUGUGAUUUCCAAUGUUUUAAAGUUUAGGCUAAUUUUAUAAAAGUGUAUGAAAUUUAUACCUCAUUAUGUAUUAAAAUAAUAUUUUGAAGGAACCGAUAAUCAAGAUAUAAAAUUAAAAAUUGUAAAGAGAAGAGUUAAAACAAUAAUGGAGUUUUUUGAAAAAGCGCACAUUAUGAAAAGUGAUGAAUCAAAAAGUAAGAAAUCUACAGAAAAUGUCAAGAAACAAUUGAAACAAAUGUUAUACGGAUACAAAGUCAGUGAUAAUAAACUCAUACAAAAUGCUGGUAAUGUUAAAAAUGAUUUCGACGAUUCUACAUCAGUGAGUGGAUUUUCAGACUUAAAUCUAACCAAUUCUAGUCAUGAAGAUGAUACCACACAUGCAGAAACAACGGCUAAUGAUGAAAGUAGUUUAACUGAUUUAAGUGAAAACUUGAGUUCUGCAAAUGUACUUUCUGAUAAUAAUCAUACUCCUAAUCAUGAAAAUGAAUUUGAUGAGAAUACAAUUUCUGAAAGUAAUGAAAACAUUGAAUCAUUUUCUGAAGUCAUUAUUGAUGAAGAAGAUGUAUCCUCUUUAAAUGACAGUAAUAUAUCAAUAAUAAGUGGAAUUCUUGAAUCUUCACCUGAAAGUGAAAAUUCGGACGUAUUUGAUGCAGAUGGUAACUUGGCUGCUGAAAUUCUUAAAAAGUUAGAAUUAAUGAAUGUUAAAAAACUGAAACACAAACGGAAGUAUAGUGAAGUUGACAAUGAUGACUAUAUGAUACUAUAUAAAAAUCAAAUGAAGGAAGAAGUUUUUUCUGAAACAGAAACUAGCGAUAGAGAUAAUGUUUUAUCAACUAGUAGUGAUGAGAUUGAAACCAAUAAUUAUUUUGGAGCAAAUCCAAAGUCUCCUCAAUUUGUUUCGAUAACAGCUACAGAUAUGCAAAAUCAAAGUUUAGAUGAAAUUUUAGGAGAGUACAAAUACUCCACUAUCAGAAAUAUAACAUCAGAGAAUUUUAAUACUGCUUCGUCAACUAAUAAUUCUGGUAUAUUUACUGAGGAUACUAUGAAUGUUGAUAUUCAGACAGAGGAUGAUGUUUGUAGCUUAAUACCAGAAGUAGAUGAUAUUCCACCACCUGAAGAAAUUGAUAAGGAAUUUGAAAAUCUUGAAAUAUCACACACACAAGAAAGUAUAAAUAAUCUCGAUAAUACAUUACUAUCUGAACUGGCCUCCGAUACUGAAUUAGUAAUAACAGAAGAUGCUGUUAAUUUAGAGGAAACUUUUAAAUUAUACUAUACCCGAAAUAGUUGUAUAGUCACAUUAAAGCACCCUUCAGAACUGUUCAUACAAGGAAAGGUUAAAAUUAAAGCUUUAUUUGGAAAAGUUGAAGUAUUUGGUUAUACUCUUAAAGAUGACACCUGUAAUGUUUAUGCACCUUAUUAUAAUUUUGCUCAAUUUAUAAAGACUGUUGAACAUUCAAGUGCUUAUUAUGGCUUAUUUGGUAAACUAACAUCAUCUGGUCUCUCGGCAACAGAGGCUGAAGACAUAGUUACAUCUAUUGGGCAUCAAGAUGGAGUUAUUGUCUUACAGACAUUAGAUGAAGUGACAAUGGACUUUGUAGAUAGUAAUUUUAAAGCCACUAAUCUCUUUGUUAAACCAAAUAAAAUGAUUGAGCCAUAUUUCAUAAAAGCAUCAGAUAUUUUAAAUUGCUCUCUCUUUUCUGCAAGGCCAUGGAAAAGCUUUGAAAUACAUCCUGUGUGGAAAGAAGCAAAUGGACAUGCUCAAAAUCAAUUAAGCAGAGGAAUAGUUUGCGGCGGAGCUGGUGUUGGAAAGUCUACAUAUUUAAGGUAUCAAGUAAAUAAACUCCUCGAUAAUGGUCCAGUACUUGUAGUGGAUUUGGACCCAGGACAAUGUGAAUUUACUGUAGCAGGAAAUAUCAGCGCUACCAUUGUUACUUCUCCACUUUUUGGACCAAGUUUUACACAUCUGAAGAAACCAGAAAUAAUGCUAAACAUAGGCAUGAUCAACACAAUGGACAAUGCAAAACGUUAUGUCUCCGCGGUCCACAGUCUGAUAACUCAUUGCAGUAACAAUGAAACUUUAGCCAAUAUGCGGUGGAUUAUAAAUACCAUGGGAAUGACGAACGUGUUAGGACAGAAGUUCAUUACACUCAUUAUUACACUCUCAAAACCCACUUACCUGAUCCAAUACGAAUCUAAAAGCAACAAGAAACGAUUUGAAUCGUUUCUCAGACCACAUAAUGUUAAGCUGAUGUAUGAAGACUACAAAAAUGAUUACUUAUUCGCUGACUCUUCGUACCCUAAUGACUUGAAUUAUUCUUUUGUACUAGCCAAUGAUACAGAAAGAUCAUUUAAAGGCAAAUUCUCUUUAAGACCUAAAGAUGAGAGAUAUUUGAACUUCGUGGCAUACUUUAGCCAAUUAAUAAAUAUUCAAAAGAACAUCCUGGGAAUUGUCCCGUAUCAGGUUCAUUUAAAAGACUUGUAUAUCGGCACAAAUGUUAUCAUAAAGGAAGAUUGCGUUACGAAAGUGAUCAAUGGCAAAAUAGUGGCACUGUGUCAACAAGCGCAACAAUGCGUUACCGCCAACCCAAAGGUGUUUACAUUGUCCGAUAAACCGUUGCGAUGCUACGGACAUGGUCUUAUUCGAGGAGUUGAUUGGGAAAAGGGAAUUUUGUAUGUCAUAACACCAGUGCCAAGCAAGGAACUCGGCAGUGUGGACACUCUGGUGUAUGCAGACUGGGUUCCAGAGCUGGUAGGACAGGAGAUUCAGCUACCCAAAGGCACUGUGGUCCCCUACCGCACCAUAACUCAAGAUCACAACAAGCAACUUAUGUCCACACCUCGCAGAAGGUUCAACCCUCUGCAGCUGUUAAAAAUGGCAAGGAGUUCCUAAAUUGAAAGCUUGGUUAAUUAGUUUAUAAAUUUGUAAUUGGAAUAGAUCCAAAAUAUCUUAAAUUAUAAAAGGAAGUCUAAUUAUGUUAAUUCAUGUAUAUUUGAAAGAUAAUUUUGUACUUACAAUACUAAUAAAACAUAACAUAGA